AUGGGCGAAGCGGGUGUAUUCUUCAGCCACAUCUUCCUGCCAGACGACAUCCUAACCAAGACACGAUUCCUCGCUGCACUCUUAGGACAUCUCGUUCCAGAAUUUCGGCACCCACUUGCCAAAAGGGCUAUAGAAAUGAUGACCACUGUGGGACAUACAGAUGGACUUGAGGCUUUGGUGAUGUUUGUCCAAGAAAGCGGUGUGCCGGAAGCGGUGCAGGCUUUGGAAACAGGAAAACGUUUGAUGGAGAAGGCGCGCUCCGAGUAUGACAGUAAGGCUUACAAUGCGGCGAUAACUACAGCACGUGCAAGCCGGGAGGCAUUUUCAAGAGCCUAUUUCUUGUCGCAUAUUAGCCUUGAAACCGAGGGGCGCGCAGUGUGGAAUCAUUCUGGGCUCGGUGCCUACCCCGGUGAUUGGGACAGGUCUGCCAAAGAAUUAGCAGCGGCAGGCGUGAACAUGAUUCUCCCAAAUAUGGCGUGGGCAGGGGUGGCGCAUUAUUCCAGUAAAGUCUUACCACAGAGCAAAACCUUUACGCAAUAUGGAGAUCAGCUGGCACAGUGUGUUACGGCGGCACGCACGUACGAUUUAGAAGUGCAUGUGUGGAAGAUUACAUGGAAUUUGGAAGGUGCGCCGAAGGGAUUCGUUGAAAAAAUGCGGAAAGAUGGACGGACCCAAGUCUCCGCAGCCGGAAAGCCGCUCAAUUGGCUCUGCCCAUCACACCCGAAAAACGUCCAGUUGGAAGUAGAGAGCAUACUGGAGAUUGUAACGAAUUACGACGUAGAUGGCAUCCAUCUGGAUUAUAUCCGUUAUCCGGGAAGCCAUGCGUGUUACUGUGAGGAGUGCCGUAAAAGAUUCACGCUUGCAACGCGACAGCAGAUUGACGAAUGGCCCGCCGCAGUUUUGCCGGGGACGGGGACCUAUAGCGAUGAGUAUAUUGAGUGGCGGACGCAGCAAAUCACUCGCUUGGUUCGCAUGCUACACAAACGGCUGCGAGAGGCGAACCCUGACAUCAAACUUUCUGCAGCCGUCUUCGGAGGUUACCCAGCGUGUGUCACUUCUAUUGGACAGGACUGGAUCGCAUGGGCAAAGGCAGGUUAUGUCGAUUUCGUUUGUCCAAUGAAUUAUACAGAGGAUACGAACUAUUUCACGGAGUUAUUCGUCAACCAACUCGCUCUGAUGCCUAAAGAGGUAGCCAUUUAUCCCGGUAUUGGCGCGACUGCCACUAAUUCGCUACUGACUCCAGAUGCGGUGGUUGAACAGAUUUAUCUCUCGCGUUCCUUAGGGGCUUCAGGAUGGACGAUUUUUGACUAUUCCCUUGAUAUUUCUGAGACUGUAUUACCAGCACUCGAAAUGGGUGUAGGGAAACGCAAGGCAAACCCGUCGCAUUGA